GGGAUUUGUUGGAUAUACUUGGCUCGGCUCGACCCUAGCCAGCCCAUUGAGCUAAUAACGCCUGCCGACCGUUAGCUGUCGUUAAGUGUCGAUGCAUGCAGACCAUACAGUAGGCAAGUUUUACAACAGAAAAGCAUGUUCCCUGGUGUGUGUAGCCGGUAACCGAAACACUUGGUUGCCUCUUUAAAGGCGUAGUGCGUCGGCUCCUGCUGCUAACAGUGUGGGGAUCCGCUAACAGGCUAACAUCCGUUAGCGCUUGCUCGGUUUGUAGCGUACAGUAAAACCAGGAAGGAGGGACCAGACGACUAGGCAGCUUGGCCUCAAAGGUUUCUGUACUUCUGCGAAGAGGGACUCCUUUAAAAGAAAACUCGUUCAGGCGUGUUACGAACGGGAAAAGAAGGUAAUUACAGCCUAAUUUUGUGUUGAUAGUCGCACGCUAACGGUUGUUGCCAUGCUAACAGUGAUUAUUUUUGUCUCGUGCUCAGCAUGUCGUUCACGUUAGUGGUUUCAUUAUUGAUAGAUCUAUCAGUUUGAUUAAAGUAAAGUACUUUCUGCAGAGCUAUGUCUCCAAGAAGCAACCUUUUAAGGAAAAAAAAAACACAUUUGAGUGUAUUUAGUCUGCUAUGAGUUUGACUUGCAUGUUUUGGCAUCUGAUCGAUGCCGCGCAUUAGGCUUGAACUCUUUGCAUUAAGCCGUAAGUGGUCAUGAUCAACAACAUCAACAAUCCUAUUAAGCUAGGAGGCUUAAAAUGUUCAGAUUUCGUUGACAUCAACAGACAGAUAAGUAUUUUGCUCCAUGUGUACUCUUGAAGACACUGGGUGGUGCCUGAGUGUUAUCUUCAGAGGUGUUUCUUAUACUGUACCGAAGGAAAAAAAACACUAGAGGAGCAAAAUAGAUAUCAGAAAAAAAGAGAUUUACAGCACAUGUCCGGAAAAAAACUGAAGUACUCUGACCCUCCUGUAGGAUCUGCUGGUUUUUAGCUCUGUUUGUUUCUGCUCAGAUUGCUUCUGCUGUGAAAACAGGAGUUAAAAGAAUCAACAUCUGAGAGGAUCAGGGAUCAAUCUUGAAAGGUGAAACUAGGUUUGUUUGUUGUGAAAACACACAUAGCAGACAUGAUUUGCUAUUGACUGGAUCCUUAACCCACUUAAAUCUGCUGUAAGGUGCCUCUCUGGUUGUAGGUUUCACCCACACGUACAUUUCCCUUUGUGGUUAAAAUUUAUGUCUUUACUUGGAUGGCCCUUUUUUACAUCAGCCCACACAACCAGCUGAGCUACUUUUCAGAAGCAUCAUACCAGAGCUGCUGCUAUUUAAACGGCAUCAGAGCAAACACUGGUAUGUGUUUGAUGAAUGAGGGGUGGCAUAUGAAGCAAAUAGUUUACAUAGGAGAAUCGAAAAAUAAAAAGUGUUGAUGUGGCAUGGCACUACAGGAACUUCCACUUAAAAUGAUUCGUGCUCAGUAUCACUAAUGAUAUAUUAUUAUGAAUAUUAACGAUGAAAGUGAACCCGUAACUGCAUGUCCUUGUGAUCUUAAUUCAAGACAAACACGAAGUCUGAAUGGCUUCUUCAGGGCAGAAUUAGAGAUGACACUAGGGCCUAGUGUUAGCAGCAUACAGAUUAUCAAUAGAUUUCUCUCCUGUAGUGUUUUGUUUAUUGCACUAACAAGCCCACCUGGUAAAACCUGUUCGUGAGGGGUCAAGUUUCUUUUCAAACAGAGGACACUCAAAGAAGUACUGGAUACUCUCAUUUAGGGCUGGGCGAUAAGGGAAAAAGCUUAUAACAAUAUAUUUUUUCAUAUCAGUCUAAAGGUCCUUACACACCGGGGCCGACUCAAAUAUAGAACGUGAAAUUACAAAGUAUUCGGAGGCGAAUUUUGACGUGCCUGACUAUAUACAUCAAGCCCGAUGCGAUUUUGCGACUUUCCGAGAGGGAAAAGACACAUCACGGGGAAGACUUUUCCCGGGGAAACUUCGCCUCCUUUGCCAGGAUACAGGUCCAAAAUAAUUGCACAACAAAAACGCUCCCAGUGUGAAAGGACCUUAAAUCGAUAUGUAUCACGAGUUAAAAAGAUCGCUUGUCAAUUUUUUAUGUUUCCUGUUACUCUUCAAUGAAAUUUAACACAUACUUGACAUAAUUUGCAGUGCAUGUUACUCUCCUUCAUGUCCAACCUCAAAAAACAAAAGUACCUCCACACCACCGACAUUUUCGUGCCACGGUUGUCAACGAUGUUAUCACCUGUCAAGCCUUCAUCAGCAAUUCUCCCUGGAGUAGCACUCAUUUUCUGUCUUUCUCUCUGACAGUGCUGUCAGCUUCACGUGUUGAAGUCGUCUGGUUGCGUGUAGCUGCUGUUGUUUGCUACUUGGUUCUAGUUCAGCACAUGAUUGGUUCAGUGCGACGCGAUCCAGGGCAUCUCCCCUUUUCAUUGGCUAUUCGUAUAGUCUACCAAAACAUGGCAGAAUGCCGGUUAUCGAAAAGCAUAUUGACCAUGUUUUAUAUCGAUAUCGAGGGGAAUUAUUUUUUGAUAUACUGUUAUCAUUUUAUCGCCCAGCCCUUUCCUCAUUACAUGUAUUAAAAGUUUGAGGCUUAGCAAAAGGGCAGUAUGGGUCUUAUUUACCCCCAAAUGCCCUACAAGAUGAAAAAGGGUUAUUAAACUGUCCUCCUUAGUUAACCACAGUCUAGGAGUGCUGAUUACGAACACUUAGCGACCGUCGUUUGUUGCAUAGCAACUGUUGUCCCCUCAAACACGACAGGAAACAGGAUGUUUCACAGUUUAGGUUAAAACCCCCCCUCAAUGCUAUAAUGCGGUUCACUGGGUCCUCUGAGGAUAUUUUGAACAAAAUGCAAACGCCUCAGGCUUGGGUGGUAAUAUUAGAGUAGUGGCUUGAUGUCAACAGCAGCAGGGACACUGCCUCUUCAACAAGAAGAAGUCCCCAUAGUAGUAAAAGCAUUCUCUGUGCCUGACUGCACUGAAGCAGCAGCAGCACCUGCUCCAGGGCUGCUGCUGCUGCUCUGUGAUACACUCUGAUGCUCUGAGCUCCAUUUCAUGAGAGGAGGGGUGAAGAUAAAAACAACUUUUAGACAUAAAUAGAGCAGCUUUACAUACAGGCGGCAGCUUGAAAAAGCUCAGAACAAAUCGAAGACAAAUAGAGGAGUAUAACAAAGACAAAGAGAUUAUCAUUUUCAGUAAUUGGCUUUGGAAGGCCGUGGUUACCUAACAGGCUCUUUGUUUGUCUACGAGUUGAACUUUAUCUAAUUAUUUCACAAAAUGAUGCAAAGCAGGAGUGAAGAACAUUAUUGGCACAAAUUAAAGACGAUUUUGAUUACAAGAAAUCUCCUUUUUAAGAAUCAUUUUUACAAAAAGAUGUUCCUCUUCGUACAGUAAACUCUGUGGUGUGUUUCUCGGCUGUUUGGCAGCUUGUCUCUGCUCAAUGAUAGUCUUUUUAUUUAUAAACGCAUCAUAACCCCACCUUAGUUAGAGGUUAACUCAUUCUUUGAGUAUCUCUGUCUCUUCAUCAUUUAUCCCCCUUGGCGGCCCACUCGCUCUACAGAUAAGUUAUCGAAUUGAAUGCCAAGUAUAAGACAGUCACGCCUUCAAAUUGUUUCCUGUAUUUGGGUCCGUACAGUAUAAACAAAACAACAGUAACAAAAGCUCAGUGGAGGAAAUCAAUCGCCGUCAAUCAGAUCAAACCUGACUACCUGAGCUCUACCUCUUGGGUCUUUUGUGGACUGCUGGUUUUAGUCUUCAAGGUCAUUAUGAUUUCUUCAGUCAAAAGUGCUUCACGGCUUUUGUACCUUUAUAUUUUUUUGCUAAAUAGAGACAUAAAAUGAAGGCUGUGCUCACCCUCCUCGCCUUAAGCCCUCAAGCCGGAACACUUUUAUCUAUGAUGACCUUCAGAAAUGUACAAAGCAGGACCGUCUUUCUCAGAAAGAUUGUGCAGCUCUGACCAGAGUCCUUGGAUUCAUUUGUAUCUAUUCUGAGAUUAGACGACAUUUUCUCAGAAUGUGUUUUGUCGGCUGUUUCAGGCCAUGGCCUUUUAAUUUAAAUGAGGCGUCUGAUUUAUGAGGGUCAUCAUCUGAGAGUGUUAGACCUCCCUCUGUUCUCACUUUGAUUUCACUGUGCUCAAAAGUGGGAGAAAACUUACUUUUUAUGCAGAGUAAUUUCAACAUUCAAUCAUAAAAGCGGACUUGGAGCAUGGAAGGGCCUGACCGAUUUAUCGGCGAGUCGAUUAAAUCGGUCAAUUUUGAGACUAGCCUGUUUGAGACUAAUCAGUAAUCGAACAAAACUCGCCAAUUAUCGCCGAUAUUUUCAGAAAUAAAAUGCGGAGAAUGAGAUUCGGUUUCACUUCCAAAAUGUUCCGCCAUUUGAAAAGAUCCCCCGACUUAUCCUGUAGAUGACGCAACGACCUCAUGACAAUCUUCAUUCAAUAAAUACCUCACAGCACAGCAGAGUGACGGAUCUGAAGCAGGCAGCUCAAGCACCGAUUGACGGAGGGGGGUAGUUGAAAACCCCUUUCUGGUCCCAGUUUGAUAUGAUAAAUCAUGAUAAAUAGGUGGAAUAUUUCUUAGAUUAAUACUUCUGAGAAGUGUUUGAAAGGCUCAAAAGCAGCCAUUUGUUAAAAAAAAAAAAGUAAAUAUAUUGCUUAAAUUAACAAAAUUUUAAAAUUUCAUUAAAAAAUUAAAAAAAUCGGCUGAUAAAUUGGUAAUCGGAUUUUCUGUAUCGGCAUCGGCCCCCAAAAAUCCAUAUCGGUCGGGCCCUACUAGCUUGUGUGAAUAUGAUAUAACUCGCCUUAUAGUUGACCGGACAAUUCUGAUUGUCCUAUUUGAACAAGAUAGGAUGGAUGUCAUUCGAACAGGAGGCAGCAGAUGCACCUGUCAGAAGAAAAAGUCCUUGGCUCACAGACAAACCUAAGCCUUCACAUCUUACCACACAGGGAGGCUCAUCUUGUUCCACGUUGCUGCCAGCUCCUUCGCACAUGUUUACAUGCCUCUGCUGUGCCCUACAGCUUCAAAGCUGUUGGACCAUAUGUGUGAUCGCUGCCCCAGUUUUGAUUUAUUUAUCCCUGACACUCGGCGGUCAUCUCGGGGCUGUUGAUUGGAGGUUUGAAAGCUGAUAUGUGCAGAGAACUUGAUCACAGCCUGCAGGGUGCCAUCUAUGCUGUCCAGUUCCAGCCUGUCAGCGAGUCUGGAAACACGUCCCUCUACGAUAUCAAUAAACAUUGGAGCCUUGUUUGAACUGAAUGUUGAGAUUUCCUCUUGAAGAUUGCUCAACAUGACCUUUGGUUGCCUGUUCAUUCCUGUUGUGAAAUUAAACGUGUGAGCAAAGCAUCUGAUUCAUGAGUAACUUUUAAUACGUCCACUUAACUUGCCGUCUUAUUUGUUUUAGGAGAGUCCAACUAAACUGGCUUGAGUGGAAAGAUGUCAAAGGCUCCGGGUUCUCCUGCUCGGUCCAGAUCCAGAUCAAGAUCCAGAUCUAGAUCAUACUCCAGAUCUCACUCUAGAAGCCGCUCACGUUCAAGAUCAAGAAAACGUCGCUACAGGUAAGACACAGCGUUUCACUUACAUUUAUCAAGUCUUGAAAAGUUGUUUUUAAUUAUUAAGCGUCAACAAAGACCUUUAACUCACCAUCACGUUGAACAAGUAUGAAUCUUUCUAAGUCAAGAUUGAGCUUUAAGUUAAUUACAGUUGAUUAACAUCUACAGCGUUUCCUAACCACAGGCGGGUUUCUCAAGUGGAAUUGCUGACCAUCUUCAAUUUUUCUAUUUUUAUCCAUGUGAGACUUCCAUCUGCUUUCAGUGAUAAUUUGCCUAUGCUGUCGAGUCUGACAUGCUCUGCUGCUGCUUAUCAGAGAGAGAGAGAGAGAGUGUGCCAGUCCUGUUUAUGCAAUGAUUGAAGUUUGGCGUCUCAUGUUAAAUACAUGAACCCUCUCAUAUUACCCUUUCAAAAGUUAUGUGCUGCCGGUUGCUGCAGAUGCCAUUCUGCACUAUCUUUGUUUUGGAUCGCCGCCAAAGUGCUCCACCAAGACUCGAUCAUGCGUGUUCACCUGUUUUUUAUACGAGAAUGUCGAGUGAAUCGUUUCCAAACUCUAGGCGGGUUGUCAGGGCGUGCAGCAGACUGAUUUAGACAGGAGGAGUCUAGGUGGGAGGGGUGUUAGUGAGGAUAAUAGAAUAACAAAUGAAGUAGGUAGGCAAAUGGAAGAAGUUUGUAAAGUUUGUGAAGCCAGUCAGGUUCAAAAGUUAUAUUUUGUUCUACUACACCAAGUCCCAAAACAUCACAGCAGAUCUUUGCCUAACCACAGGGCUCCUUUAUCAUCCGUACUGAAGUACUUUCCAGGUUUUGCUCUUCAUUGCCCUCGUAUCAAAGCUGGUCUAAGUGAUUUAUUCCCCCUCUCUUAAAAGCCGUGGUUCCUUCCAGGUUCACUCUUAAUUUGCAUGAAUGUUUUUCCUGUGUGGGCGAGGCUGACAAAUCCUUUGGCGAAUUUGCAUCUGCUCUGGUUAGUCAUUUGUUUUCGUGACAUUUGUUACAGACACAAGAAGGCAACAACCUCGUAAAUGUUGGAAAUCUUGUAUUGAUAUUUGUUUUUUUAUUCAUUCAAAUGUUUCUUGAUGCGAAGGAAGGAGUGCUGUCCACGCUCACUGCCUCCAUGUUUGCUCUUUAAGCUUAGAGAUUUAACACCAUCAGACAAUGGGAUUUGUUGGAGUGGAUUGUUUUCCCCGAAGAGCACUGCUACACCACACGUCAAUGAUUGUCUAAAUAGAAAGAGAGGUGCUGUAUCUCCUUCCCCCCCUCCUGUUACUCCCUCCUGUGGUUGUGGAUCAGAGCAGGUUGUGUCCUGGCUGCAGCCUGUCUGUCAAACAGACCUUUAAAUAUCACAAAGAGUACGGUGUGUGUUCGCCGCAGCAUCCAGGACGACUCUGUUCAGAUGAAAGGAGGGAAAGGGUAAGCAGGAAAAAGACGAUGGUGUUUUUGCAUUGUUGGAGUUUUGGUGUGUGCUCCAGACUUUGAGGUUUUGUUGGGAAUUUUUCUGUCGGCAUCACGUAUAGUCCUUUGCAAGUAAAGCAGAGGUUGUAGUUUUGUCGGACAGAUUUAUUCAGUUGUUGAGUUAAUGUCAUAAUAAUAGACUUGAUGUCUUGAAGUUGAAAUCAGGUUUAAUUCCUGUUUUACCUCUCUCAUAGUAAAGUGAGUGUCAGAGUAGCUCCCUCCUGACUGACCCUGCUCAGUGAUGGUAGUCUCUAACAUCACUGAGCUUACAUCGCCACCUGCUGGCAGUUCUAGGACUCUUGCCACUCAGCAAGCCUACUCCAAAUGAACCACUGCUGCAACCAGUAAUUCUAUACUCCAUCAUCUGAUGAUCGGAUAAUAAAAAUAUUAGUUUGUUUUUCUAAUAUGCAGUAUUUAAAGUGGAUGAGCUGUUGUUGUUUUUCAAUCAUUUGCUAGACAAAAAGGAUGAAUAUUAGUUGUAGGGAUGCACCGAUCCGAUAUUUGGAUAUCUGGAUCGGAUAUCGGAUGAAUGACGCUGUUCCAGCGUUCCAAUACAGUCUCUUUUUUUCUUUUCAUUCAUUUUUCUUACAAUACAUGGAAGUCUUACUUCUUUUUGCUGUGUGCUAAUGUUCAGUUUGUUAUUUGUUAAUGAAUAAUAUGAAGUAAAUUUAUAUCUGUGUUAAUUUGUUACCUUUUUUUAACAAGGCUAAUGUCAAACCUGAUGCCUUCACUCACAGGGCAAGGUAUACAGUUGAUUCAUUCAACAGUAGUAUCGGAUCGGUAUCAUGUAUUGGCCGAUACGCUCAGCCGAGGUAUCGGUAACGGAUUAGAUCGGGGGAAUAAAUGGAUCGGAGCAUCUCUAAUUAAUUGUCAGUUUUCAGUCCCUUUAGUGGCCCAUUUAAGUUUUAAAUGUCUGAUUAAAAACAUUGUAGUUUCUGGUAAGUGACUGCCACUUCCUGCAUCAUGAGCGCAGCCAUCCCGGAUGAUCAUGUCGACUGAACAGAGGGAGGUCUAACACUCUUAGCUGAUGACCCUGUUUGGUCUCCUCAGUAAAUGAACUUACUACUGUGUCUCUCUAGUUUGACAUCUCAGUGAUCUGCUGUUCCACUGAUCUGUUGUCUUUGCUGUAUUAACUGUAGCAGUCUCGACAAAAGGAGGAGGUUUCUGCCUUUGAUAACAUUUUGUGUCUUUUCUCGGUCUCUGUUUUCUCGUCCAGCUCUAGGUCUCGCUCCCGCUCUCGCUCUCACUCUCCAUCCUACAGAAAUUAUCCCACCAGGGACUACCAGAACAACAGAGGAGGCUUCAGAGGCUACAACCGAGGCUACCGGAGGCCGUACCACUACCGGGGCAGAAACCGAGGCUAUUACCAACGCGGCCAUUACCAGAACAGAGGAGGAGGCGGCUACGGCUAUAAGUCAAACUGGCAGGGUGGUGGCGGUGGUGGAGGAGGAGGCUGGCACGACCGCCACCAUGACCAGGACCACCAUUCGCCCAGGAGAGGACGCUCGCGCUCACGCACACCAAAAAAGCGUUCAGGUAGCCGUAGCCGCUCUCACUACUCUGAUCGCUCUUCUUCAGGGAGGUCUCGGCGCUCCAGGCGUUCCAGCUACUCCUCCCGGUCCCGCUCCGGGUCACCACGUCACCGUAGCAGCAAGGGAAAGGGCUCAAAGGACUCCAAAGACAAGCUGGUAGAAAGUAAGGCAGAGAAACCCGCGCUGCCUGCAGACGGCAGUGCCAUCGAGAAAGCGUCAGGAGGUAAAUGGAUUGACUAUGAUGCAAGUCCCAAACAAACCAGUCCGGACUGUAAGAAAGAGGACGCCUCUACUGACCCUGAGAGUAAAGGACCUGGGACUGGAGGUCCCCUGUGGAAAACCAUCGGCAGCGCAUCCCCUCCUGCGAAGAGCCCCACAAAGUCGGCACAGCCCUCCGCCUUUGGAGGCUUCGGGUUCUUCUCAAAGGAAGAUGUCAAACCCGGAGAUAAGACUGUGAUCUCAGCCGCCUUCAAAAAGUAUGUCCGCUCUCUUCUCAAUCAUUUCAACGUAAUCAAAGUGUUUUCUCUUUUUUGAUUUUCUGACAAGUGAUGGACGUUAUUUUUCUUUCAAACACGUUUAGCCUUUUUCAAAGAUCCUUGGAAGAAUAAAGAUUAAAAAGGAAUACAUAAGACUGCUGAUUUUAAGUGCAAUGAAAAUGUAGCCGGCUGUUGUCCUUUACUGUGCACUGAGAGGAAGUUGUAUGAAACGGUGGUGGUUACGUGAGUAUAAGUACUGCAAUGUGAGUCCUGGUCUACUGUUUGCACUUGGGAUGGGCUAAUUAAUCAAUUUAAUUAAAAUAGAACUAUCAAAGCUAAGAAAAUACAAACCAGCAAUUAGUCUGUCGCUGCUGCAGAAACAUUUUUAGCUUGUAUGUUUGAAUAAGAUGCAAGAUCUGAUCUCCAUUUGACUGUAGAAAAUAGAAGUGUCCGAAUUAAUUCCUCUUUUCCCCCCAAGAACACCUAGUAAUUAUCUAAAUGGCAUUAUUUCACCAAAGUCUAAUGUUAGGUGUAACUAGUGCUGCGUUCCAGUUACCUUGGAAGUCAGAUGUCAGAGCUGGGAAUGACGUCACACCCGAGUUGACGGCGUUCCAGUGAACAAGUCGGAAAACUAAGAUGGACGCCUACUGUUGGCCGUUGUUAGCUGUUGUUUACAAUUGUCAGCUGUCGUCAGCUUUACAAGUCGUAAACAACACAGUAUUUUACUCUUACAAACACCAUAGCACCGUGUUCACAGUUAGACGUUGGGCAGUUCAACAUAAACCACUUAUUUAAUUUCACAAAAACAAAACUGAAGUGCUAAAAAAUAAAACAUUACGAGAGCUUUCACUGUUACUCUUUACUGUUGAUGCACUGUGCUGCCAUCUUGGAUUAUGACGUUGUCGUCAAGUCUGGGUUGGUAAGGAUUGUCCAACUUUCUAAGGGGUGUUCCAGAUGAAUUUCCGGCUCUGAGCUUGGGAGUUCCGACUUCUGAGUUCAACUGGAACGCAGCGUUAGUUAGUUAGAAAUCUUUGUAUGAAAAUGAAAUUGAUUAAUGUAGACAGUGACAUUUUUGUAGACUUAAAACCAAACACACAAAUUAAACUUUGGCACAGUCAAAACUUCCCUAAGUAGAGUUUGUGGGUUCUGCCUCAUGUGCUUUUAAAAAGGUCUUUUCAGUUUUCUGGGAAAAUGCCCAUCCCUGCUGUGUUUCCAUAUUCUUUUUCAGUUUUCUGAGGAAAUGUUGUACUUGUGUAGUCCUGUCUUCACGAUGCAUUGUAUAAUUUGGUUUUAGAUGUUGUGUUAAAUUAAGCAUAAUAGUUGAGUACUUGGGAUUGCAGGCUCUCAAUCUGAGUUUGCUUCUUCGUUUCAGGUUCUUGGCGGAGAACAAAAAUAAAAAGCAGGCCGCUGAAAAGGAGAACGGUCGGGAAAAGGAGCAGAGCACCGCGGACAGAGAACUGGAGAAAGGAAGCAAGUCCGGAGAUCUGUUCAACAUCUCAUCCUCCUCUUUCAAUGAGCCGAAGGAGGACAAGACCCUGCCUUUCUUUGAUGCCGGAGAAGAGGAGUUCCUCAAGUCUCACGGGCUGAAAGAGGCAGACAUGGAGGAAGAGGGCGAGGUCCAACCUACCCUCACCGCGAGGGAUAUCUUCGGGAAGUGGGGCGACGAGCCGAGCUACUCCACGUCCUACCCGACGAUCAAAGAGAAAAGCCGAAGAGAUGCCGACGAGGUAGAGCCCCUUGAUCACAUGGAGGAGGAGAUGUACCGGAGCCGCAAGCACAGCUCCAAGAAAGAGGAGAAAUCCAAGAAGAAGGAGAAAAAGGAGAAAGAGAAGUCCCGAAGGAGUCCGUCCCCGCCUGUCCCGUCUAGAGAGAAGGAGCGGCCUCUGUUCCCCGGAGCUUUCCCUCCUCAGGAAGGGUCACCUCCCAGACGCAUGUCCUCAACAAGGGAGGAUUUUGAAAUCAAAUAUGGUUCUGCAGAUGAGCUGCCAGGGUGAGUAUUUUACAUUUUACAUCAUCUUACUUCAUGGCCAGUAAGAGACUUGAUUUUAAAAGCCGUAGUCGUCUUGUUAAAUCCAUUUCCUGCGCCUCCUCUGUUCUUGCAGCGCCUCCCUGUCUAAAGAUCGCCUCAUGCCUCGGGAUGUGCCUAACCCCACUAAGAAAGAUCCCGAGUUUCGCUCCAUCUUUCAGCACCUUCAGUCGGCUCAGCUCCGCCGCAGCCCCUCUGAGCUCUUUGCUCAGCACAUAGUCUCAAUUGUGCACUACAUCAAAGGUAAAGUAGGAUCUGUGCUGAAUCUCUGCUGACUCAGGAUCACAACACAAGUUUGUGAGUUUGCAUGCCCGAUAAGACCCACUGGUCCUUAAAUUACUUGAAAAUGUUAUCCUCUUUAUUUUGUUGUACGAUUAUUUUUCUGUCCUCUUUUCGCAGCUCAACACUUUCACUCCUCAGACAUGACUUUAAGUGAGCGGUUUGCGAUGUACCAAAGAAAAGCAGCAGAGGUAGAAAUGAUGAAGCCAAGGAAGAGCCCAGAAAUCCACAGGUAUGAAGGACACAAUCAUCUCCUCAUUAUGUGUUCAAAAUGUCCUCCUGGAGUCGUCUUGUUUUCACCUGCCCGCUCACGCCGUGACUUUUCCUCCCAUCAGGAGAAUCGAUGUUUCCCCCAGUGCUUUUAAGAGGCACUCUCACCUGUUUGAGGAUAUGGAGGAGUCGAGCUACAAGGUGACCCGCCCUUUUGAAUUUUGACGUAUCUGGAACAAGCAAAUAUGAGACGAUCCAAAGCAGCAGUGUUCAGCUUUGUGCUUUUCUUUCAAAGGAUGCAUAUUUCUAAUUCAGAAAGAACCCAAUUGUGUUUUGUAAGUGCCAAGCAAGCCCCCCCCAGCCUAUGAGAUAUGGUUAUUGAUUGGGUAUGUACGAACCCAAGCAAAAGGCUAAAAGGAAGUGAAUUAAGAUCCUGAGUCCAAGCAUCUCAAGGGACGCUUAUCAGUGCCUUAACCUUGUAAGUAUUUUUUUCUAAAAAAAGGUUAAAAAAAAAAAAACAAGCCACAAAAACUGAAAUAGGAAUUAUUUUCCACAGCUACAUGCAUGCUGCUGGUUUCCACAAACUCACACUCUUGAAGGGUAAAGCCAUUUUAAGAAAUAAGGGUUACGUUAAACGUCUUUACCUGUUACACAUACUUUUGCUUUAUUAUCACCAGAUAUUAUUAAGAACACUCUAUAUCUAUUGAACUCUUUUAGUCUGAUUUACCACUAGAGGGUACACAAUGCUCAUACAUGUGCAUAUUUCCUGGUACUUCCAAUAUGCAUUGGCUUCAAGCUUUUUAUAUGUCUCACCCCUUAAGCAUUUUUAAACCUUCAUACUUUAAUUCAAAUAUUUCAUUGGUCAGUAUUUUAAAACAGAUUUUUGAGUGGCUAACAAACACGUGUCUUCGCAGGAUAAGUUUAAGGGCGAUGUGAUGGACCUGCGCCUGGAUAUUGAAAGGCGUAAGAGGUUUGCAGGGAAGGACUACAAGCGUGAAGGAGGAAGGAGCCCAGGAGGCUCUCGAGGACCGAGCAGAGAGAGGUCCUCUGAGAAAUCUGGGAAACACCACAAGAAAUCCAAGUGAGUUUGAAAGUCCAGCGUUCCCUCUGAAAAAGGAAGUCUGUUUGAGGAGGGGCUUCUGUUGUUGUCGGAGGACUCAGUCAUUUAAUUUUGUACGUUGUUUCUGUGAAGAAGGAGAUGAACGUUUUUUUUCGUGUCCCUCACAGGAAGGGAAAGAAGAAGCGUGAUCGCUCUCCAUCCUCCUCUUCCUCCUCCUCCUCUCCAUCCCCUUAUCCCCCUUUCAGAGGUAAAGAGUACAUGGGGGAGGGGAUGGAGCACCCAGAGGAGGGCUACAGUCACUCCCGUUAUCCACCGCGGGACUACGGUGGGCCCCAAGAGAGAGGCCCGGGGCAUUACGAGGGCCACAACCAGGAGAGAGGCAGAGGCCGUGGAUUUGUAAGUUCCCCGUCUCGGCUGCCCUCAUCUCUUCUGCUGCAUUUGUUUGUUUUUUACUUUUUUCACUGAGGUACUGACAUCUCAUCUUCUUGCAAUUCUCUGUCCUAAUGGCAUCACAGUAGACUGCGCUUCUCUGCUCUGUUCCUUCCUCCUAAUGCUAAGGAACAUAUUAUGGAUGAUGAUGAUGAUGAUGAUGAUAAUGAUGAUGAUGAUGACACUAUCAUACAUAUUCCAUGCACUACCUGAUUUGUAUUAAGGUAAUGUAGCGCAAAUCAGCGGAACUCCAUCACUUAACAAAUGCCUGAUUUUCCAUCAGAAUGGCUUUUGUUUUGUGUGUUCUGGCGUUCCCAUCGUCCCUGGGGUUUAUGGGAAAUGUUGUUUUUCUCUGCCGGCUGUGAGUUUAGAUCCACUUGUUGUUUUUGUUUCAGUUCCCCAGAGUGAGAGGGAGAGGGUGGAACAGGGGAAACUAUCCGGGCAAUAACAGCAACGGAAACCCUGCCAAUAUGAACCCUCCAGUGCGCCCGCCAGAGGAGGAAUGGGACCCUGAAUACACCCCUAAGAGCAGGAAGUACUACCUGGUGAGACUCCGAAAAUAAAAAAGAGGGGUUCAGUAGCAUGGAUUAACCUUUUCUAACCUUUAAUAUACAAUAAAUCUUAACAUUGCUGAGUAGAAGUCAAACCAUGAAAGGAUAAUAGCCAACUUUAAUUAACCUCUAGAGAAGUGGUUCUCAACUGGUCUCACUCUAGACUGGGACCCACAUUUUCCCAUGGUCCUCAAGUCGCGACCCACUUUUAUAGAAUUCAAACUAAGCAAAUUUAUUUUUUUAUAAAAAAAAAAACCUUUUUAAGACUCAAUUUUUAACAUAAAUUCACUUGUUUUAUUAAGUAAAGUGCAUUUCAGAGCACAUGAAGGGGACAACAUGAGGACGACAACUACCGAAGUUGCAUGUACAGAAAAUAUCAAUACUUACUCUUUUGACCAGCUGUUCAUGACCCAUCCAGAACGUGUCCACGACCCACUUUUGGGUCAGGACCCAUCAGUUGAGAACCUCUGCUUUAGAGUGUAUGAACAGCUUAAAUGAGCACAACACUCACCAAACACUAACAUCGGGCUCUGUUUUAAAUUGCUCCAAACUUUUUGAGUCUGAUUUGGGGUCAGCCACAUUUGCAGUUUUCCCAUUUUAAGUAGAGAAGCAUUACUUUGUGACAUGGCAACAGUGGAGGAGGCUUCCAGAGUGCUGGGUUCAAGGGAGACAGAAGUUGAAAUGAUUUAUAAUGUAAAGCUACCGACUCAGAGACACACAAUCAGUGUUCGAGGGGCAACAUUUUAACCAGAGCCAGUGUUAAUGCAUUUCCCACAUUUCCUCGUGUUUAUGACCUGAAAAUGUGGUGUUUAACAAGCCGUCCUAAAGAGAGCGGUUUAUAACUGUCUGCAGUAUUCAUUUUUAUUUAUCAGUUCAUUUUUAAAUCAUGAUUUAGACAAUUUGGCACAAGAGUUUUGUGACUUUUUUUAAAUGCAUUUGAGCGAACAUAAAACCCAGCUCUUCUCCUCUCAGAUCUGCUUUCAUAUAAAGAUCGUUAAAGACUCCUAGCUGCAUGACAUACACCCCGAAAAUAACCAAAAAAGUCAAGUGUGAAUAAAUCAAGAAUUUUAAAGUUGGCCCAGAGCGGAGUUUUCUGUUUGUGUAAAGGUCCUCUGGUUUCCCUAUCAGCCUCUUUCCCUCUAAAACUGCCCAUUUUCCCUUCCAGCACGACGACCGUGACGGGGAGAAAACCUGGGUAGACAACCGUGGAAGAGGCCGGGGCGCCUUCCCGGCUCGACGAGGACGCUUCGUCUACCGUAAGGGGGGCAGCAGCCCCAAGUGGACCCACGACAUGUUCCAGGGAGGCGAGGAGAGGGGGAUGGGAGACGACAACAUGGAAGUAGAACACAAAGAGCCCAAGAGCGCCUCCGAGGGGCCGACGAUGAAGCAGUAGACCACUUACUCAGUCAUCCUUACAUUCAGAGCAGUUACAGCCAUGUUCGAGGGGUUAAUAUUCUUCAUAUUUCCCUCUUCUGUGUUUAGUGGUUUAACACGUUCAGUGAGUUUCGUACAGUUAAAGUGAAGGAAAGACCUGACUGGAUCUGAGAGCAGCACUCUUUUUCUAUGUGAGGUUUCGGCUCGAGUGUAUGUUUUUUUAAUGUCACGGUGAGUUUCGUUCUGACUUAAUGUAACUUUUUAAGGGAGAAUUUACUGAGGCUACAAAAAAAAAAAGUUCUCUGAAAGCAUGAGAGAAAAAAAAUUAAAGACUUUGUGCCUUAGAAAAAAUACUAAUAAUACGGUCACAUGUAAUCUGUUUGAGGUACAGCCCUGUCUGCAGGAGGUGUCUGUCAGCGGAGAGAGACAUUAGAUGAUCAUUUCACUGUCAACGUUUGCGUCUUUGUGUUUGGGGCUGAGAUAAAUCUUCAGUUAAUGCAUGAAAAGUUUGAUUGAUACCUUCUGCAUGGGACCAAUCAGUAGCGGGCGCAGGGCUCCCAAUUAUCAAAUCAUCACACAUCUGUUAAACCCUUCAACGGUUGGUUAUUUGUCACUGAUAUAAUCGGAACUUUUCCACAUAGUGCCACAUUAACUGUACGUCUCAUUUCAAAACAAAAACUGUAUGUAUGUAUCAAGGUGUGUGUGGGUGCUACAGUAUAUUCUCAUUUUUUGGGGGGUGUUAAAGUGGAGACAAAAGUCAUAAAAUUGUAAGAACUGGCUCUAAAAUCCCCUCACACAGCUUAGGUAAAAGCUUCUCUAGGUAAAACAGUCGCUCUAGAAUUAUAAGAAGUUGUAAUGUGAAGAUCUGGAGGAGCUACAACAAACCGAGUAUGUUCUUUUUUUAAUAAAACCAUUAAACUCACAACAUGAUCUUCAGUGUGAGGAAAAAACCUGAACGACAGAAAGUGAAACUUUAAAAUUCUGAGGAAAAGAAAGUGAAAGUGAAUAUUAUUAAGAGUUGACACAAACUAGCUGAACUAGUUUUGUGAAUCUCACUGUGCUGCUUCGUCCCACUUUUGACUGUACAUACUGCAUGGACUAAACAGACUGUCUUUUUUUUUUUGUUUGUUUGAUCUGAAGCUGAAACUUUUUUACUGUUCUGACGAGAUUUUACUUUUGUCUUUUUAAUUUUCUGUAGAUUUUUUUUUUCUUUCCAGGGCAAAUCUGUGAGUGAAUUUCGAGACAGACUGUAGAAAUAUUAGACGGCCCACUGUGUUGAAUGGUUUGUGAUUUACUUCAUUGUUUUGGGGUCGUUCGGACCCCUUCUGCAGCCUGUGUAAAAAAAAAAAAACCUGAAUAGUUGCUAAAUGAGUCUUUUCUUCUGAUCUUAUUAAAAGAAAAUGUGUAUAAAGAUGUU